GUAAGAACAAGAAUCGUGCGCAAAUAAACCCUUUGAUUCAUAUUAGCUCGUGGAAAGAUAUUGGAUAUUAGAAAGGUCGUGUGAAGCGCGUCCCUAAAAAUCCUGUAUGUGCUCAUGCUCCACAGUUGUGAUAUCAGUGAUAUCCAUAUCGCGAUAUGACAUCAAAACGUAGUAAGUAUGAGCGUAGAGUUCGAUCAGCCAAAUUAAGGGCAAGAUCAGAACUUGGUGAUUCCCCACAUAGUUGGUAUUCUUGUAAAUAUGCGGACAACUUCGACUUGUCUCUAAACAGUGUCCAUGAUUCUUGUCCGCGUAUUGAUGCUUGCAAAGUUUCCUGUGAAGAAUUUGUGGCUCAAUAUGAACGUCCCUAUCAACCUGUUGUGAUUCGGAACGCCCAAACAGAUUGGAAAGCUGAUGAAAAUUGGACACUGAGGCGUUUGGGCAAAAAGUAUCACAACGAAAGGUUCAAAUGUGGUGAAGAUGAUAAAGGAUGUUCCGUUAAAUUAAAAAUGAAGUAUUUUAUCCAAUAUAUGAAGGAAAACGAAGAUGAUAGUCCGUUGUAUAUAUUUGAUGCAAACUACGGAGAACACUCAAGGCGUAAAAAGUUAUUGGACGAUUACGCAGUAUGUCGGUAUUUCAAAGAAGAUUUGUUUUCUCUGGGUGGAGAAAAAACGCGACCUCCCUAUAGAUGGUUUGUAAUGGGUCCACCACGUUCCGGCACGGGUAUACAUAUUGAUCCUCUUGGAACUAGUGCUUGGAAUGCUUUAGUAAAAGGAUACAAAAGAUGGUGCUUGUUUCCGCCGCGAACUCCAAAAGAACUAGUUAAACCAAAACCGUCUGAUGGUGGCAAAAAUCGAAACGAAGCCAUUUCUUGGUUCGUAUAUGUAUAUCCACGCACACAAGAAUCCGACUGGCCAAAAGAGUAUGCCCCUCUUGAAAUACUUCAGUGUCCUGGGGAAACGGUCUUUGUUCCUGGUGGUUGGUGGCAUGUCGUCCUUAACUUAACUGACACUAUCGCCGUUACGCAAAACUUUUGCAGAGCGUAGGCCACUGACCAGGAUUCUCUAACCAAUUCUGUCUUGGGCUCGGCUUUCCAGUUAUUGCCAAGUGAUGUUCGUUCUAUUGAUGUCUCUCUCCAGUGCUCUGCGCAGUGUGUUCCCUGGUCUUCCUUCUCACCUUUCGCCCUAAAGAUUUCAUAUGAGGGCUUGCCUCGUCACGCAGUUUGGAGAUUUCUGCAAGCUCUUCUAACUUUCCUAUUGUGUGGCACAAAACCGCACGGAAAAGACCAAAAUUUGCUAAAAGAUGGUUAGCUGCGCUCAGAACUAAUCGACCUGAUUUGGCGAAGAUUGCAGACAAUAUGAAUCUUUCCAAACACUUUCCAGAUGUUCCUUCUUCUUCAUCAUCAUCUUGCUCAUCCUCAUCUUCCUCACGUUCGUCUUCAUGUUGCUCAACUUGCACUUCCACAAAUCAUUCUCCCGACAAGAUCUUUCAACCUAAUGCCAGGUCAGGGCUACACUCAGUCUCACGUUCACCAACUCCAAAGCGUAAGCGAUGAAAAUGUGUGUAUAUGAAGACGAAUGAGGGAUAUACUUGUCAGGGACUAGUUUUACUUCUUUUUUUUCUGUAUGCUCAAAUCGACCAAAAACAUAUUUUUGAAAUAAAAUUUUUAUAUUUUCUAUUACUUUUAUUUCUUACGUAAUUAUUUCAUUCAUUGUAAGUGAGGAACAAAAAUAUCUUUAUUGUAAAGCCUUCAUCAUUUUAAUUCUCAACGAAGCAUUAUGACAUGACUUUAUAAAGACUA